AUGGCAGAGAUACUAAGUGAAUACUUUGCAUCAGUUUUUACCAAGGCAGAAUAUACUGCCCAAGUUACAGUGAAAGAGGAAGUAGUUCAGACACUGGAUGGACCAAAAAUUAUUAAAGAGGUCUUACAUAGGCUCGUUGUAAUUCACGUUGAUAAGCAACUAGGACCAAAUGAAAUGCAUCCAAGGCAAAAACAGGCUAUAGACGAAAAAGAAAACCAAACGGAAUGUCCAUGUUUGCAGAUGGACACGCUACACAAUAAACAAUUGAGCGAUUGCCCCACGAGGUGUAUUUGUGACUCCUCUAAAUCGGUGCAAUGCUACAGAGUUACAACUGUGCCCAAAGCCAUUCCAACCGAUACCAGAAAGCUACACCUCGGACACAACAACAUCAAACAGCUGCGGGCAUCAGACUUUGGUGGACUUUAUGGCAUUGAAGAACUUGCAUUGUCUUCAUGUGGAAUGGAAGCAACAGAAGCUCACACAUUUUCAACCCUGACAAAUCUGAGAACCUUAGAAUUGUGGAAGAACAAGCUGAGGAAUGUUCCCAGUAAGCUUCCCUCCAAUGUGGAGGUGCUAAAACUGGGUAAUAAUCGGAUUCAGGCAUUAUGCGAGACUGACUUUGAAGGCUUGGCAAAACUGAAAGUCCUUGACCUUCAAAAUAAUAAGAUCUCCAAAAUCCAUUCUAGUGUUUUGUCAUCUGCUUUUAAACUAGAAGAUCUUGUUUUGGAUAGUAAUAGUCUUGAGUUGUUAUCAGGGCCAUUAAAACUUCCUUAUCUGAAACGUUUGAGCAUGCAAGAUAAUAGGUUGUCUUCUCUACCUUCAAAUUUCUUCAGUUUCCUACCAUCACUGCGCUUUCUCAGUUUAUCAGGGAAUAUAUUUUGCAAGAUUCCACAAAAAAUGCCACCUUUAUUGUGGUCCUUAAAGAUGGACAAAAAUCUGAUCAGUGAAUUACAGAUUCAAGACUUAAACUAUCUCAGUCACCUCUUUGAGCUCUCCCUUUCUGAAAACCAACUUUCGACAGCAAAUGAUGCACUGGCUUUGACAAACUUAUCCAUAGUGGAUCUGUCUAAAAAUCAACUAAAAGCAGUUCCUAUUAGGCUGCCAGCACGGUUGCAAAUGUUGGAUUGCAGUCACAACUUCAUACAAAAAGUUACACUACAGGAAUUCUAUGGAUUGUGUGAGCUCAAACAUUUGUUUCUGGAGUACAACAACAUUACUAUUAUUGAUGUAGAUGGACUGCAGCACUGUUUGCAACUUUCAGACCUAGCAUUGGAGCGAAACCAAUUGUCAUCCUUCCCAAAAGGGCUCCCUGACACUCUUGUAAGGCUAGAUCUGAAAGGAAAUAAUAUUACUGACAUUUGUAAAGAGACAGUUGAAAAUUUGAAGCGGCUGCGAGUUCUGAAUCUGCGCAACAACAGGUUAUCAUCUCUUAACCCCGAUGUGUUUGGAUAUUUUCCUCGUCUCAGGCAGCUUUACCUGGAUGGUAACCCCUGGAACUGUACAUGUGACCUCAUGAAAAUCAGAGUCUUAUUGAUUGCAAGACAACUAGAAAUCAAAAGUGGCUACUGUGCAACUCCAGCCUAUUAUCAAGGUGAGGCCUGGCUAUCUUCCACCAAGUUUCUGAACAGCUGUGGAUAUAAUACUAUGCAUGGUGCAAAAGGAAAAGCAUUUCUUGACGUUGCUGCAAAGAUAGGACAGGAGUAUGAUGACUUAAAUAUUAAUGAUCUGACUGACAAUGAAGAUUAUUAUGACUAUGAUGCAGACUAA